AAUUGAUGAACUAUUUCACAGAACAAGAAAUCUUGUUUUCUAUGCAAAAAAUCUUAAUACAAUUCAUAUUUUUCGUACAAAUAACCUUUCGAGACAACAGAUUCAUUGUCAACUAUUGAGUUUAAGAUAGAAAUUUUUAAGAAUCCUAAUUAUCAGAAGAUACUGCAUUUCCUUCGAAAUAGUGUGACCUUGACCCUUAGGCUUGAUUCUGCGGAGAAGUGUUGCAGAAAGAAACAAACAUGCUGUCUGCUAAAACGCUCACCUUGGCAAGAUGUGCUACCAAACCAGCCUUUUUGGGAACAGUUGCUACCCGAUUGACUCACACUUUGCCAGAUCUUCCCUAUGAUUAUAAUGCCUUGGAGCCCUACAUCUCAGCUGACAUUAUGAAGUUACAUCACAGUAAACAUCAUAACACAUAUGUCACCAACUUAAAUAUUGCAGAAGAGAAACUAGCUGAAGCUGUUGCAAAAAAUGACGUAAACACAUGUAUUAAUCUUCAACCUGCCUUAAAGUUCAAUGGAGGAGGUCAUAUUAAUCAUUCUAUAUUCUGGGAAGUUCUCAGUCCAAAUGGGGGUGGAGAACCAUCUGGAGAUCUUAAAGAAACCAUAAAACGAGAUUUUGGAUCAUUUGAAAAUAUGAAGAAAGAGUUAUCAGGAGCUGCAGUUGGGGUACAAGGUUCUGGAUGGAGUUGGCUUGGUUUUAAUCCUAACAGUGGAAGGCUCCGUGUUGCUGUUUGUGCUAAUCAAGAUCCAUUACAAGCCACUACAGGUUUAAUUCCAUUAUUUGGUAUUGAUGUCUGGGAACAUGCCUAUUAUUUACAGUAUAAGAAUGUGCGACCCGAUUAUGUACAGGCUAUUUUUAAUAUUGCUAAUUGGAAAAAUGUAGCUGACAGACUUGCAGAUGCCAAAGAAGGUUCAUGAGCUGAGAUAAGAUUUUAGAAUUCCAUUUUUUUUUGGAUAAAAGACAAAAUGAACUCUGAAACCCUGAUGCGUUAAAUCUUGGGAUUGUAUAUAAAUGUACUGCUAUAUUAAUGUUUAAAUAAUAUAUCCAGACUCAAAUUUAGUUCUUUUAUUGAUUUUCAGUAAUUACUUGUUUUUAUGUUCCUGUUAAAGCUGAAUGGUCAGAUAAUUAAAAGAUUUCCUUCCAUUUCUUAAAGGUCUAUUCUAGUUAUGAGUAAAAUGCCUUAUACUGAAAUUGUUAUCGUUUUGAUUAUACAUAUUCUGUAAGCUAUUUGCUUUCAUACAGAUUACAGUAAUUAAGUAAUGAGGGAAAUAUUUCACCCUGUAUUUACAUCAGAUAGAUUGUGUUGAUUUGAGUAAUUGAUAUAGCUACCAAAUUCAAUUAAGGCACUUUACAUCAUUUCUAUUGUAAUUUCAAAUGAUAGUUAACCAAUGCUGAUUUAUGUGGUGACACAAUAAUUUUGUUUCGAAGAAUUGAUUUUGUCUGAUUUUAUGAAAUAAAGAAAUCAAGUCAAA